GAAAAAAUUUAGCUAGAUGGGUUUCCUCAGCUCAGUUCAUAUGACAGCGAGGGUUGUUGUCAACAAGAAAGGUCAAAUGCAAAACAACCAAAUGCUAUGAACGGGAGAAAUCGACUAUAUAUCAUCAACAAAACAACAAUUAUUUGCAUUUAGCUUUCAACUAUAUGUUUAGUUACGGAGAGUAACGUUGUACGUUGAACCGCAGAUGAAUGUAUAUUUAGUUUACACAUCCAAAGUGCUUUUGGAUCUGUUGUUAGCUAGUAAGCUAACUCCAGCUAACUAGCUAGCCGGCGAUGUAUUUGUGAUUUGGCUGGCUGGCUAGCUAGCUAGUUAGCUGAUUUCCCCCCCAAGUUCUUUUAUGGAGAUAGCUAGCUUGUGUGUUACACAAGUAGUAGUUAGUUUGUCAUUGCCGUGAUUGUAGGUUAGCUAACAAGCUAACUAACCAGUGGCGUCUACAUUGUUAGCUAGCUAGCUAGCCUCGACGUUUACAGGAUGAGCAACGUUAGCAGUCAAAAACGCCAGCAUUUUAAAGGAGCCGAAGUGAGCUGCAGUGUCAAAUACUUCUUGUUUGGAUUUAACAUCAUAUUUUGGUUACUGGGAGCAGCCUUCCUGGGCAUAGGACUGUGGGCAUGGGCCGAGAAGGGGGUGCUGUCCAACAUGGCGUCCAUAACAGACCUGGGAGGCUUCGACCCCGUGUGGCUGUUCAUCGUAGUGGGAGGAGUCAUGUUCAUCCUGGGAUUCGCUGGCUGCAUCGGAGCACUACGGGAAAACACCUCGUUGCUCAAAUUUUUCUCAGUGUUCCUGGGCCUGAUCUUCUUCUUGGAGCUGACAGCAGGCAUCCUGGCCUUUGUGUUUAAAGACUGGAUCAAAGACCAGCUCAACUUCUUCAUCAACACCAACGUCAAGGCUUACCGCGACGACAUCGACCUGCAGAACCUCAUAGACUUCACACAGGGAUAUUGGUCGUGCUGUGGAGCCCACGGUCCUAAUGACUGGAACCUGAAUAUCUACUUCAACUGCACGGAGUUUAACCCCAGUAGAGAGCGCUGUGGCGUCCCCUUCUCCUGCUGCGUCAAAGACCCUGCCGAAGACGUCCUUAACACACAGUGUGGCUACGACGUCAGACUUCAAGGGGAGUUGGACCAGCAGAAGUACAUCUACACAAAGGGCUGCGUGGGCCAGUUUGAGAGGUGGCUUCAGGACAACCUGAUCAUUGUAGCCGGGGUCUUUGUGGGCGUCGCACUUUUACAGAUAUUUGGGAUCUGCCUGGCUCAGAACCUGGUGAGUGACGUCAAGGCCGUGAAGGCCAACUGGUGACCCUAGGACCCUGAGGGGGGAGGGAGUACUCUGACCUUUGACCCCCAACAUCCAGCUCACCUCCCACUGAACCACUAAGAGAUGAAAACACAAAGAGCUGUUUACCUCUGGACCUGCCAGGCUGAGAGAUGAAAACACAAAGAGCUGUUUACCUCUGGACCUGUCAGGCUGAGAGGUGAAAACACAAAGAGCUGUUUACCUCUGGACCUGCCAGGCUGAGAGAUGAAAACACAAAGAGCUGUUUACCUCUGGACCUGCCAGGCUGAGAGAUGAAAACACAAAGAGCUGUUUACCUCUGGACCUGCCAGGCUGAGAGAUGAAAACACAAAGAGCUGUUUACCUCUGGACCUGCCAGGCUGAGAGGUGAAAACACAAAGAGCUGUUUACCUCUGGACCUGCCAGGCUGAGAGAUGAAAACACAAAGAGCUGUUUACCUCUGGACCUGCCAGGCUGAGAGAUGAAAACACAAAGAGCUGUUUACCUCUGGACCUGCCAGGCUCGGGAGCUACAACACAAAACAUUGUUUACUGUCCCAAACACACACACACACACACACACACACACACACACACACACACACACGCACACACUGUUUAUUAGCACGCUGGCCUGGGGACUUACACACACACAGAAGUACACAUGGACACACAGAGGACUCGUGUGGAUGUCUAGCUCAACUGAUCUGACUUGAGAAACUGGACUCUUUGUUGUUUACCCUUUGAUUCCACCGGGUGUAUUUACCUGCUCCGGGAAGAUGCACCCAUUGGCUGGUGGAGAUGAAUAGAAAGACUAAAUAAACAGAUAGAGGACCUGGGGUGAAAGCUGAGAAGAGGAGAGAUACAACUCUCUUCUUUUUAUUCAGUCACGUAUCAGUCUAUUUCACCUGUUGUCACCUCAACCCUCCUACCACUAUGAUUUCAGAACAGCUCUUCAGAAAAGGCCUUCCAGAGCUGCUUGUUAGAUACCUACUAAUCCCACGUGUACAGCCUUUCUGUUUCCUGUACAGUAUAGAGUGGGCUGCCGACUGACCUACUGGCUGCCUGACAGGAUGGUAUUGCUCCCGUUAUACUAUGACAUUAAGCUCUCUUCGUGUUAUGGUAAAAUUCAUCAAAUUCACAAGAGGGCAAGUCUGGAGUUAGCAAGGCCUUGCUACGGAUGUGUGUCUUUAACCAGCUGUUUUUGAACUGUAUGUUCUAACAUAAAUAUACACUUUUUUUUCUUCUGUCUGUCGAUGUUUUGAGUUUAAUCAAACAGACAGACAUAUGGAGAGAGGAUUUUUCUCUCCCAGAAUCCCUGAAGCACAGGGGAUAGUAGGCCUUUUUACUUGAUCUGACCUUUAACCUUAUACUAACGUUAAAUCUACGUUGUACCGACGUCGGUUUGAUGUGUUUAUUCUGUCUCUCUUCUGGUCUCCCACCACUAGCUUUUGGAAGCUUGAAUUACAUGACACACAAGCUGUUAUUCUGAUCUGUUUUAUGGAUUUGUACUUUUCUCCUUUCUUGUUUUUUUUUUCUCCUAGUGUUUGUUGUGUGUUUCUGUCUGUCUGUCUUAGUUGGACUGGUUUUUAACUUGUUUGUAUAGAAUAACAAAUACUUGUUUAAUAUCUUCAUAUAUAAAUAGUAUAAACAGAUUUUCUCAAUAUAACAUGAAUGCUGCUGUAUCAUUGUAACUUCUUUAGAGGAUUGAUAUUAGUAAGUAGACUUUCCGGUACAUUUCCCAUGUUUCCCAGAAAUCCUGGUUGUAGGAUUCCGUAUUUCCCUGUUUAUUCCUUCAUGAUUUCUGGGAACUCUUCCACAGCCAGGAUGUCUGGAAAUCUGGGAAUUCUGGGGAAAAGUGAACAAAAUGUUUCAACUCUAUUGGUCUGUUAUUUGUAACCAGGUCUAAAGCUUACAUGGUGAAAUGGAAAUGCCAUAUAUUACCUAUUCUGAUCUUUAUUAUAACAGAUAAAGUGGUGGUCGUGCCAUAUUAGUGUUUGUUUACUUGCGUAUUACCUUGUCAAUACAGAGUUUACACUUUCAGCAUACCAGUACAUUUUAAGCACAUUAUCAGAUUUGUAGCAGUAGAUUGAAUUGAAUUGUCUUUAUUGGGAUUUGGGGAUUUUACUUUUUUUUUGUUUGGCAUGAAGACAUUCCCCUGCAGCUUCUGUCUGGCCGCCCCAAAAUGUCAGCUCUUUUACACAGUUAUUGCUCCACUUAAGGUCCCUUUAGAUAUACCUUACCACUGUCUCGGUCUUCCUGCGGUGUGUACAAGGCCUAUGUGUCGGAGCUGCAGUGUUACUCCUCCUGGGGGAAUCCUUCCUGGUUGGGCUGCUGUUGUCAUAACAACUUCUAGCUGUAUUAUCAUUUACUUCCUGUUUGUCAGAGGACUCUAUGUCCCACUCUUUAAUGCUGUAGUUCAGCACUAUGGGCUCCGGGUGUUUGUAACGACCGCUUUACUGUCGUUCGUCAAGUAGCCUUGAACGAUGGUUUGCCUGAAUAUGAGAGAUACCACUUAGUGUCAGGCCAGGUUUUUAUGCAAAAAAAAUAAUAAUAAAAAAAAUAAAAGAUUAUUCUGACGUUAGAACAGGAUAUUUGUUUUGAAGGUCCAAUUCAGCUGUUUUUAUCUCUUGUCAAAUAAGUUCUGGGUAUCAAUUAAAUACCUUACUGUGAUUUGUUUUUCAUUAAAAUUGUAAAAAAAAAAAUAUAUAUAUAUAUUAUAUAUAUAUUUAAAAAAAAUGCUUCUUAGCAAAGAGCAAUUUCUCAAGCAAGAAUUUUGCUAGGACUGUCUGGGAAUGGUCUGAGUGGGGAGGGGGAAACCGAAAACUAGCUGUUUAUUGGCAGAGAGGUUUGGAACUCCUUCUUAUUGGUCACCAGGCAGGCCAAAACGCCAUCCCACCAAAACAGGCUCUUUUACUGCACUGGGCCUUUCAUUUCAUUUGAAAUUAUGCUUUUUUGGGGGGGGGGGGUUUAACAGCCAUAGGUUGCUGAAUUAGUUUUGUUUUGCUUUGUCAUUUUGAUCAUGAUGGCCUUGCCACAUGAUACCUUGUGAUGUUUCAUAUUUUCUCCUAGGUUUGUGUCCCAAAAUCACACUAUUCAAUAUUACAGUUUGCCUGACCACUCCUCCUGAAUUGAAUUCGGCUGUUCUAUCGAUGGCUCCAUACAACAGUCUGAACCUGCACCAGUCGUUUGUACUGAUGUCAACAUUUCUGUGAUUUAUUAUUCGUGUAGGCCAACUCUGGUCCAACCCAUCGAUUUCUUGGACCAAUCAGAAUGGUUUGAAGUUAAGAAGUCGUCGGGGAGGAAGCAAAUCCAGACUCUUGGUGGAGAAGAAACCUUAGUGGGCCUGGCAUCUGUCCGGAGCCAUGUGUAGCCUCUAGUCAAAAAUAGUGCACUAUAUAGGGAUUAGGGUGCUAUUUCGGACACCCCCUUCUCUCCCUAAGAUAGAUGACAUCAUUCCAGAGGGGGGGGGAAGAGCCUCCUGCAUAUCAUGAAUGUAUACCUAUGGAUGAAUCUCAAUUGUAUUUCCUUCCAUACUCUCCUUGCCUCCUUCUCCAGUCAGAAACACAUUGAAGGAGGGGUUCCAAGGGGAAGAUUGAGAUUCACCCUGUCUGUUACCAUCUGUUACUAAGAUCUGUUCCAAUGCAUUUCACCCUACCAUGUCAUCACUACCCUUUAGCAGUGCAAUGAAAACACAUCUGAUGUGAAAAUAAGAAAUGUGAAAAAAAAUACAACUAAGAUCUGUUAUGUUACAUCAUUAAAAACUUUAGCAUUAUUUUGUACAUGAAAUCAAAUAGUUACAUUCCAUUUUCAGGUGUUUGGUUUACUUCCUGUUUUACUUCCUGUGUACUUCCUGUGUAUGUGCAUUGUCAUCUCAGAAAAAAAGGAAUCUGCAGAAUAUAUAUAUAUUUUUUUACAUUGACACAUCGCUUCAUUAGUGAUUGGCUAGAUUUCAAAGCACAUCUGUACUGUAGGUCUACCCAAGUUCCUGCUGUCAGCUACAAUCUUCUUCUCAUCGAUAAUACUGAUCUAUUAUAGAGACACGACGUUGUCUCCGUGUUUUAGGUUCACAUCAUACAUGUGCUUUUUAUCAAUGAUUUCUAAUACAUACUGGUGUCUGGUGUUUCACAGAACAUGACUGAAGUAUUUCUCUGUUUUAUCAAAUCAAAAGUAUGUCUGUGGUUACUUACUGUUGUCAUUAACUAACCUGUUUUGGUGGGGUAUAAACAAUAAAAAAAGUUUAUUUGAAUUUUUUAUCUCAAAGCCUUUAAGAUAUUUUCUUUGCGUUCCCCACAUAGCUUGUACAUUUCCAGAGUCUACCUAAUUUUUUUUUAGAGAGGUGUCCUUUAAAAAGCUAGUGGUUGGAUUUGUUCCGUCGCCUGUCAGAGAGACGCUGAGAGGUGUAGAGAAUCUCGACUGUUAACACCUAUAAGAGCGUGGUGACAGGAAGUUGACAGUAGGUCCAUACGUGACAACAUACAGGUGUUUUUAUAGGGUUAUUUGUACUAUCUGAGGAAGUGGCAGAGGUUUCUACUCUGAUGACGAGCUACACUACAGAACGGUGAUUUAAGGUUUGUUGGUCAAAAUGUUUGUUCCUGAUCUUGAAAGGGUGUUGUGUAAUUUUCACCACCGCAGUACCAUGCCUGUCACAGCCGUUCCCUUUUUAAGACGAUUCCAAAUGAUUAUUUCUCUUAUUAUUUUGAAAAUGUAACAUUCAUGGUUUUUUUUUUUGUUGAGAGAAAUUUUGAAAAUGUUAUUUCUCUCAAUUUCUUGAAUUCCAUUUUUGUUAUUAAUACAGCUGGAAUGUAAAAAAAAAAAAAAAGCAUAAAUAAAAAAAUGAUAUUAGCCCUUACAUACCUCUAAAAUUGAUUCAUUUUGUUAUUUUAAAUGUUUUGAUUGUCAUUACGUUAACGUCUUAAAGAAUAGUAUUGCAAAGAAAUGCUGAAAAACGAGUUAGAUGCCUUUUUGAUUGGGGGACAUGGUCUGUUACACACUGUACAUUGUGUUACAAAUAUACUCAUUUUUCAGAUUAAAUAAAAAGGAUUCAUGAAAAACA